AUGCUAAAAAGGAUUCUCGUUUUAUUCGUGGUGAUUUGUAUUUCUUGGUCUCAAUACUUGCGUGGAUCUCGAAUUGGCGAAAAUAAAGGAGUGAACAUAAAGGGACUACAAGGUCUACAAGGUCUACAAGGUCUACAAAGUCUACAAAGUCUACCAGCUUCACAAAGGAAACCCUGGUACUUUGAUGGGACUGUGUCGAGAAGCAAAAAUCGUUUAGCCCCUUCAAAAGGCGUUCAAUUCGCCGCUCCGCAACUCGUCCGUUACUAUCCGACUUUCACGAUACCCAAACAAUUUCUGCAAGGAAAUCAAGGUCCGAUCACCACCGAACAACUGAUUGCAAUGGCGUGGGCGAUAGAUUCAAGAAAACCACGAGACAACACGAAAAAA